AUGGGCCCUAGAAAACAGGCCACAAGGCGGUCCACGAGAUCACAAAUAAAGAAAGCUGAGCCUCUCGUUGAGGAAGAGGAUCCAGUUUCUCCAGCGCCUACUACUUCUGAUGGCCUGCUACAAUCAAUCGGUAUAGCUCAAUAUGUUUUCGAGCUUGUUGAUAGACAGGCCUCGAUAGCAGACUGGAUUCAGUGGUUUGUACUUCUCUUUGUGGCAAACGUGAUAUAUGUCUUGUUCAACGACAAGUCGAAAGGCGAUUCUUUCAAUGUGCAGUAUUUGUACGACUCUAUCUUCACAUUGUUGUGUGUUGUCUGUCAAGUGGCCGUCGUCUUCCACCACCUCUGGAAGAAAUAUAAAGUCACAGGCCAAAAUGCUCCGCAGCUGCCGGAACUGGAACUCAUCUAUGCCGUCUUUAUUCCACUUGCCAUUUCUCUCAUGCGAAGCCCAAGAAAUCUGGUUCUUGUUGCAGGCUCUGUCGCGAUGGUGUCUGAUUUGCAGGAGCUGGUGAAAAUUGGAGUCGCUGUGCUCCUGGAAAUUCAGCUGCUUACAUCACACGAAAAUAGCGACUCUUUGCCGUUUGUCCUUGUCCUCGCUGGGCCGGUGUGGCACGUAACUGUUACGUCCCUGUUGGAGUACGUGGCUCCUACGUCGUUCUCCAAAAGCGAAAGAAACAUUCUGGGAACUCUCGCCGUCGCUUUGAUCAUGUUCAUCAACGCGCAAUCCCCUGUGCACCUUCAGAUCCUCCAAAAACUCAUGGUUUCAUUUUCCGCGGCCACCGCAGUCUGCUACGCAAUUUACCUGGUGUACGAAAACACCGACCGCAACUGGGCUGUUCUUGCGAUCUUGCAGGCGGCAUUCUAUGGCAUAGGAGUGCAUCUCUCAAUAUACUUUCUGACACCGGUGCUCAAGGAGAAUCCUCUUUUGUGGGUGCAAAAAUACGUUCAGGAAACAGAGUCUAAAUGGUUCAUCUUCCAGCUCUGGCUCUGUGGACUUUUCAUUGUCCUGCCUUCUCUGUUCAUUAUUGCGCCGGUGUUUCCAUUGGACGUGCGCAGAAAAGUGUGGCAUUUCGUCUUGUUUGCAGCUUUGUCAUACCCGCUGCUCGUUGAUCCGCAGAUGGCUUCUCUGGCAUUGAUCGGACUAUUUGGCCUGUUGUUGCUGGUGGAAUUGCAAAGAGUGUUGCGGAUUCCUCCAUUCGGCAGCUUUUUCCAGCAGAAGUUUACUGAUUUCCUGGAUGAAAAGGACUUAAAGGGCAAAGUCGUGUCGUCAUACCUCUUCCUGGUGCUGGGCGUUGCGCUGCCGAUCUGGUUCGACCCCGAGGCUCCGGAAGCCAUUGCAGGUCUGGUCACUGUUGGACUUGGUGACUCGUUCGCGUCGCUUCUGGGAAAACGGAUAGGAGCCAAUUGCUGGCCAGGGACCAAGAAAACGGUUGAAGGAUCUGUUGCGUUCGUAGCAGCUACCGCAGGAGGCCUGGUUCUGUUCAAGCUGUUAGGCCAAAACGAUUUCUCCUUUAACAACAUUAUAUGCUCAGCAAUGCUUUCGGCGAUGGUGGAAGGGUGCACCACAAUGAACGACAACCUGCUGGUGCCAAUGUUCACCUAUCUGUGUUUGACUGUUUUCAAAUACUUUUAG